CUGGCUCCAAAAAAAAUAAUCCAACGGCUGAGCAGCCUCUCCGGGACCCCUACAGCAGUUUACCUUCCAGCGAGGCCCCUUGGUUGACGGCAGACCGCCCUCUUGUCAUUCCAGUUGCCCCCCGACUGCGCCCGAAGCAUCAUCACUCAACUCCCCUUCAUUGUCCAGCCUGUCCAUCCCCCUUGGUCCCUUUUCUCAUCCACGGCAUCGUAUAUCAUCGCAGGUGAUAGACUAGUAGUACCGUGCAAUCAUCUUGUCGCGGCUGGGAACUACCUAUCUAGUCGCACGCCACCACACAUCCCGAGAACGUGGCCGCGCAUCAACAGAACACACGAUCCCCAACUUCCAUAAUCCCCGUCGUUCCUCCUUCUAUCCAGACACUUCGUCCCUCGCAUCCUCACAAUGCCGUACAAUACUCGUCGCAAAUCGUUGUCGCUGCCCAGCCUUGGGAUCCAUGUUCCCACGAGCAAUGCGGCGCGCGCCUCCAUGUCAUCGUCUACAAAGUCCAGCAGUCGACCCUCGACGUCCUCGACAUCGCCCUCGUCGCGGCCCUCGAUAUCGCAGCCAGAUACCCCCGACUCGCCUCCCAGCAAGCGCAUCAAGCGAUCCCACGACGAGGAUUCCGUCGCCGUGGUGGACACAACGCCUCCCGCGUCGCCGACUCCUGCGACCAGCGUCGAGAUGGCCGACCCCGAACCGGUGCGAAGAAAGGUCGACUUGGAGGGCAUCAACGACGACAUUGUCGAGGCCGUCAUCACGCAGCUCCAAAACACCGACAACCAGCCCCAUCUCAUCAAAGACCUGGCACUCAUGCUCGCGUUGACGCUUAGAUCCGUCCAAAAUUCCGCCAACCCGUGCGCUAUCAUCUCAUCACGAUUGGCUUCGUACAUGAAGCGCCCUUGCUGGACGGCGCUGGCACCGUGCCCCUUGGCCAAGGAGCUCGAGACAGUCCACCCUCGUCGCACAUACUACUUCCUUACCACUCUCCCGCGUCAGCCGUUGCCCGAGUCAGGCGUCAUACCGCCAGCCGUCACUCUCGCCAGUGCCGUUGCGGAUCUCACGCCUUCCGUGUCGUUGACAGACGACUCCGGCUCCGACUCGUACGAGGAUCGUCGCCGUCAGUUGAGUCCGUCUCCUGAACUCGACUUGCCAUACUGCGACUUUGAUCUCCUGGACGACAUGCCCGAUACGCCCAUGGGCUCGCUGCCCAAGCCGGCCUCCCCCCCCCGCGAUCUCAGGUCCCUGCCGCACGACCUACCUCCGCUGGAGAAGGACGAGCGCGAGUUCACACAGACGGCGGACACCUUGCUGAAGCGCAAGUUCAACGAGCCCCCCUCGACCUCGCAGGAGCUGGCCACUGCCGAGUACGGGUAUCGCGACGAGCUGUGGUUCGGCGACAGCAACACCACAGCCUUCCUCACAAGUCCAGCCAUGAGACCCAGUGCCGGGUCAAGCAGUCGCAAAGACGAGGAAGCCGACAAUUGGCUCCGCAUGCACAAGCUCUUUGAGCUAGAUCAGACGGCUGGCGCCGAGAGUAUCGAGAUCGAUGAGCUUGACGGCCUCCUGGAGGGGUGUUGAGUGUUUACUGCUUCUUGCGCAUAUUGUACGACAUCAAAAUCACGUUUGGCGCAUUUGGAGUUUGUGAGAUGACAGGUACUCACUACACGUACCGGUAUACCUGUGGAGGCGACAUGAUUUUACUUGAUUCGACGACUGAUUUUGCUGGUUGAACGAUUUGAUUUGAUUGAGGGAAUCUCUUGUAUAUGUAGAUUGACGGUCUCUGCGCGAUGGCAACGUUCUGGCGUUCAGGAAAGGAUGGAUUGACUCUUUGCGUGGAAGCAACAAGACUCUGAAGAUUUCUCAUAAAAUGGAAAUGCCACUCAUUACAGACU